UUUUUAAUUCGAUUUACGUAAAAUUUCAAAUGAAAGUUGCGGCCGGCUUUGUGAUUUAUAAAAAGGCCUGCGAUAAUAUUUUGUAUCUUUUAUUGCAAACUUCGUAUGGCGAACACCACUGGACCCCUCCUAAAGGGCAUGUGGACCCUGGUGAGACUGAGAUGGUGACUGCCCUUCGGGAAACGAUGGAAGAGUCCGGUUUGAAGCAGGAAGAUUUGAAAAUCUUCGACGAUGUGAAGAAAAUUUUAAAUUACAACGUAAAGGGGAAACCCAAGAAAGUUAUUUACUGGCUUGCCGAACUCACAAACCCCAAGGCUGAGGUGAAAUUAUCAGAGGAGCACCAAGACUUCAAGUGGUUGAAACUCGACGACGCUUGCACUUAUGCAAAAUACGCCGACCUCCAAGAGUCGCUCCAGUUUUUCGAUAAUUAUAUACGUUCCAACAAAAACUAAUUAUUGUUAUAUAUUAUUAAAUAAAAAAAUAAUAAAAUUAA